CCCGGCCUGGUCCCCGAGGCUGGCGACGGCUGCUUCUUGCGUUCGGCUUCCAUCCCAAUGGAAGAGCUUCCCGGGAAGCCCCUCAGCAGUGCGGAGAAGGAAAAGUUGAAGGAAAAGUUGGCAUUUUUGAAAAAGGAAUACAGCAAGACACUUGCUCGCCUUCGGCGUGCCAAAAAAGCUGAGAAGGUUAAGAACUCUAAGAAAGUACAAGAUCGUGUGCUCCAGCAGGAAAUCUCCUCACAGCUAAGUCACUCUGAACCUAUAAAUAAAAGCUUUCCAAACAACCAUCUUGAUGAAGAAACUGGAGAAAGCAUCUCUGUGUUACUUGAUGUUGAACCUCAGUUCUUUAACCAUAAAAAUGGUCAAGGAGAACUCUGUACACAAAGAGCAGGUGACAUCCAAGAACAGGUUUUGCACAGCACCAGCAGCCCUGAUGGUCAGAAAGGGCAGAGUACACUUCCCGGGAGAACAAAGAAGCUAUGGAAGAAAACACCUGUUUCACAGGAGAAAGAAUAUUUCUUUGACAUUAACUCUGUUAUACUUCCUAGUAAGCAACAAAAGACACAGGAAGCAAUCAGUAGCAAAAGUCCUAGGUCCCCAGUAAUCGAAAAGACUCAUCUUUUAAGUCUGAAGUCUAAAACUCCUGACCCCCCAGCCCUUGUUACAGAAAUUGAUGGGGAAAGUGUAUUAAUUCCACCAUCUGGGAAAUCAGAAAGGGGUACUGAUACACCGGUAAGAGGAAAUAAUGUGUCCAUAGGGAGUACAGUUCCUUCCUGUACUGCGUCAGACAACAAUCUUAGUCAACACCCUGAACGUGCACCUCCUAACAGUGACUGCAAAAGUACUAUUCAGGGCCCAGCUUCGUCCAGAAACCUGGAGGUACAAGGCAUAAAAAUGACUACGUUUACAGAUAGCCCUUUAGAACAUAAAGCUGUGAGUACUGGUGGUCACCUGCCAGGAAGUCCUAACUCAGAGGCAGGGAAUUCAUGUUCUGUAAAUGAUGUCAAUCACAGUAUCCUGGCGGCUAAUACUACCCAGAACUUUAAAUCUUUGGAAUCUCCUGGUAACAUUGUUGACGGUAGAAAUGUGAAUCUUCAGGAAGAUGAAGUUCUAAGUUCAUCUAGCAGCACUGCAGCACUGUCUCCUCCCCCCACAGAAAGUCAGGUACAUUCCUGUACAAUGCUUGAAGGCCUUCUGUUUCCUGCAGAAUACUAUGUCAGAACAACCCGUCGAAUGUCAGACCGCCAGAGGAAAAUAGCUCUGGAAGCUGUAAUCCAAAGCCAUUUGGGUAUCAAGAAGAAAGGGCUUAAAAAUAAGAAAAAGGCAACUAAGACUGUAGUCCUCUCCGGGGAAGAAACUGACCAAAGUGGAAGUAGUGUGUUGGCCACAUGCACAGGUCAGUCAAGUUCAGGAAGUCCUCCUCAGGAGCUUCUGUUAUCAGCUGAGGUCAGCUCUCCCCCAGGACCUGCUGGAGCUAACCCAUCUAGGAAGGCCACUGCACAGGCACUUCGUAGAGGACACAGAAGAAAACGAAAAUCAAUCCGAGCCUCCACACUGGAUCAUUGUCAGCUGCUUUUCCCUCCUUGCAGCACACUGGCUGUUAGCAUGUCCCAGGGCAAAUUCACCGAGCAUAAGUGUCAGAGCGGGAAAGCAAUUGUUGACGACUUUGAAUUACCUGAUGAAGACUUUGGGCCUCUUAAGCUUGAAAAAUUGAAGUCCUGCUCAGAAAGACUGAUUGAGUCUUCUGACUCAAAAAACUGUGGUGAGAGGCUUCCUAGAGAGGGACAUCGUGCUGCUCUGGAGGAACUGCAGAUAGAUUUGGAAAUGGUAGACGCGGAAGAGGAGCUCACCCUUCCACCAGGAGAAGUACACGAUCCAGGGCCAGCCCUGAAAAGGCAGCGUACAAGCAAGGGCCUUUCUUCAUCCAUAGUGCUUUUCACCCCUGCAGAGACUGCUACACCUAGUAACACUGGCAGGCCUGCUGCCUGCCAGUGUUCACCCGCUUUCCCCAUCUUGGGCAUGACGCCAGGUUUUGGCUUCCAAGCAACCAGUGAGAAUGUAUCUACUGAAGCUGGACAGACUUUCUGUACAUCCCAACCUUCUCACUUGGGAGAUACGAGCAGUCCUGCUAACAAUAAUAAUAAACAAUGCCACAGUUCAGCCAGCUCACCCAAACUGGAUACCAACCUGCACAUGUCAGGUAGACAAGGACCACCUGCCUGUGACAGUGACUCUGGCCCCCAAGCAACACCUCUACCCGUUGAGUCAUUCACUUUCAGAGAAAAUCAGCUCUGUGGAAAUGCAUGCCUCGAGUUACAUGAACGUUCCAUUGAACAGACUGAAGCCGCAGCUCUCCCUGCUUGUGACCGCUUGAACCCAGGCAACCUACAGUUAGUUUCAAGGUUAAAGAAUCCUUCCAGUUCCUGUUCUGUGGACAUGAGUGCUAUGUGGUGGGAAAGAGCUGGUGCUAAGGAGCCAUGUAUCGUAACUGCUUGUGAAGAUGUAGUUUCUCUUUGGAAACUGUUGGAUACUUCGCAGUGGGAAAAAGUUCAUACCUGGCACUUCACAGAGAUUCCAGUAUUACAAAUAGUUCCGGUGCCUGAUGUUUACAAUCUUAUAUGUGUAGCUUUGGGAAACUUGGAAAUCAGAGAAAUCAGGGUGUUGCUGUGUUCCUCUGGUGAUGAAAGUGAAAAGCAAGUCCUACUGAAAUCUGGAAAUAUAAAAGCUGUGCUUGGCCUGACAAAGAGGAGAUUAGUUAGUAGCAUUGGGACCUUUUGCAAUCAACAAGUACAAAUCAUGACAUUUGCUGAAGACGGAGGCAGCAAAGAUGAACAGCUUUUGAUGCCCCCUGAUGAGACUAUACUGACUUUUGCUGAAGUCCAAGGGAUGCAGGAAGCUCUGCUUGGCACUACCACUGUGAACAACAUCGUGAUCUGGAAUUUAAAAACUGGCCAACUCCUGAAAAAGAUGCACAUUGAUGAUUCUUACCAAGUUUCGGGCUGUCACGGAGCCUAUUCUGAGAUGGGCCUCUUAUUUGUUGUUCUGAGUCAUCCGUGUGCCAAAGAAAGCCAGGCCUUUGGAAGCCCCAUGUUUCAGCUGCUGGUGAUUAACCCUAAGACAGCUCAGAGUACGGGUAUUCUGCUGUGCUCCCUUCCACAAGGACAGGCCGGGAGGUUCUUGGAAGGGGAUGUGAAAGAUCAUGUUGCAGCAGCAGUCCUGACUUCUGGGACAAUUGCCGUUUGGGAUUUGCUUCUGGGUCACUGCACUGCUCUCCUCCCUCCUGCCUCUGACCAGAAUUGGUCUUUGGUUAAGUGGUCAGGUAUAGAUUCUCACUUACUGGCUGGACAAAAAGAUGGAAAUAUAUUCAUGUACCGCUACUUGUAAAAUUCAAAUCGUUUUCUGGGUAUUUUGCCUCCUAAUAGUUUUUUGAAACAAAAUACAAAAUCUGAAUGACAUUUAACAUGAUUACUUGCGUGCAUGUCCCACAAACUUAAUUUUAUUUAUGGUGGCACUACUGACUGAAUAUUUGUUUAUGUUUGCCCUAAAGUUAAUGGUUUUAAGUCCAUAUUUGCACAUUU